UCUGGGACACUGGUGGAAAUAUCAUCUUAUCUAUUUUCUACAGAUAUUCUGUCGGCGAUUAUAUUUGUAAUCUUCAUCGUUUGUAACGCUGACUCUCAAAACGAAACAAGUUGCUUUUCCUUCUUUUAUACUGAUGAAAAAAGUCCAGCAAAUUUGGAGAAGACCUGUUUUGAAAUGACAAGUAGCAGUGUAAACAAAUGGUACCAAGGUGUAUCUAUGUAUAUAAUGCGUAUUAACAAUGAAAAGCCUUCUUCGUGUUCUUUUGGGGACAUCAAACUGGAAACCAUACAAAAAUACAUUAUAGAAGAAGGAACCCGUCAACGAAGAUUGUGUAGGACAAAGAUGAUUUUCUCCGUCAAUACGACCACAUGUGAAGACGAGAUUAAAUAUCUUGAUUUCUAUUGUAUUGGAAACGUUCAAAGAUCAAAGAGCCUAUUUUUCCAAGAUUGUGCUUCUGCAAACUGUCCUAGAGAAAUGGAUGAGAGUAGAGAACACCGAAGUGAGGCUCUGGUACUGUCUCAAUUCCCUGAACCGACGGUUUCUCAGUCUGGAUUAUUUGCUUAUGAUAUACCAGCGUCACAUUGUGACAUGAAGCAGUGUAGACUAGAGAACUGUUCUACUGAACAACUGAAAAAAUUUAAGGAGAGUACUGUAGAAAGCAAGGCGAACCCAACUAAAGACCAGAACAAGGAGUGUUUGCUUUUUACAAUUGGAAGUGGAGGUGGUGGUCUUCUAGUCGGAAUUUUAUCAACAUCUGUCACGUGUUUUCUUCUUAAUAAAUAUAAGAAAAAUUACAGAAAUGUUGGGGAAGUGUCAUUUUCCAAACAGAACGUUCAUCUGUUGUCUGAGACAGAACGGAAACUGUCCAUUCAUUCAAAAGAGGGAGAAACUGUGUAUCAUGAUAUUUCCGACAUCCCGGGUCCAUCAAAGGAAAGAGUUAUACAAUACGGUGUAUCUAACCUUCUGAUUGAUGAUUCCCCAGAACAGCGGUAUAGCGAGAGUCCAAAAAGCAGUACUAGUGCUUACGAAAAUGGAAGUUCAUCAUCAGAGUUGUCAGCAAAGAGUGAACCUACCAAGGCGAAAGAAAAGCAAAUGUUUGACAAACCUCAGUUUUAUCAUACAUUGGCAAGAGAUUAUAAGGUCAGUUCUGGAAAUGUGAUCAAACCAUCCUGUAAACAAGUAGAUUUUACAGAUACUGACAAUAACCAUAAGACAGAAACAAAGUCUACUAAGGAAACUAAACAAUAUUCGGUGUAUGAGAGCCCAGUUGGUCAACAUCAUGUCUCAAUUUCUCAGGAAGUAGAACAAUUUUCUACCGAUUUGUCGGAUGAUACUGUUGAAGAUUUGUUAGAAACAGAAGUCAAAGUCUCGGAGAACUUACCCGGUGUUUAUCACGCCUUAGAGGAGGAAAAAGGUCGCUAUGUAGAGGAAAUGUCGAUAGAAAUUGAAAGCAAGGCUGAUCAAGAUAAAAGAAGUUCAAACGGUACUAGUUCUCAGAAGGAAUAUUACGUGAUAAUGGCAAAAUCACCAGAGAAAGAAAGCUCCUCUUCUGAGUCUUGA